UAUAAACACGAUCCCUUUCCUAGGGCAUGGCAGUGGUGUGAUUGUCUCUGGGCAGCCUCUGUGACAUAGCCACUGGCACCAUGAAGAUCACUGGGGGUCUCCUUCUGCUCUGCACAGUGACCUAUUUCUGCAGCAGCUCAGAAGUUGCCAGUCAACCUUUAAAAACAGAGGUGGAUUGCAGCAUUUACAAGAAGUACCCAGUGGUGGCCAUCCCCUGCCCCAUCACAAACAUGCCAGUUUGUGGUUCUGACUACAUCACAUAUGGAAAUAAAUGUCACUUGUGUAUCGAGACCUUGUAAGUAUCACAUGGGAAGAAAAAGUUCUGGGACCAGGGUUCUCAACUACAAUCCAUUCUCUUUCCAGGAGCCUGCUUAGCUCUCUAUAAACUACACUGA